CCAUGUGUUGUGGCCGCGCGGCGUCAUAGCAACCCCUCGCAAGAGACUCCCGGCAGUUGUAAUUUACCCUCGAUCACGAUGCCACGUUGAAAUCUUGAUCUUGAAUCGGAUAUGUCGCUGUUCAAGACAAAGGAAUGGUGGAGAACACAGUGCGGAGUAAACGAAUCCUUCGACAGACAUAGUUUGUUGGUUGCACCCUUGUUUGGCGCUGAACGGAAAGACGUGAUUGUUGUCGGUAGCCAUAGCGGGUGUCUCAGGAUAUACAACCCGUCAUCGCAAUGGAUAGAUGAAAGCAAGUCGCCGAGCGGCUACAAGUCUUCAGACCUGAUAAUUGAGACGCAAAUCGGUGACUGCAUCAUUGACAUGAAGGCAGGAAAAUUUGUCUCAGGCUCGCAGGAUAUCCGCCUCGCAAUACUAACAUCAACGAAGCUCAUCAUUUACAGUAUCGUGUUGAACCAGGGUUCAGUCGAACAUGGAGAUCGUUGUGACUUGGAAGUCGCUUACGAGCAUGUGCUGCCGCGAUUUCCGGUAUCCCUUACGAUGGGUUCGUUUGGCGGUGUGCGGAACCGGGACUUCCUCUGCAUUCAAUGCCUGGACGGCACGCUCCUUUUCUAUGAGCAGGAGACACCCACUUUCAAUCUGGUUCUCGGGAAUCGGUUGCUGCCGGAGCCGAUCGUCUAUAUUUCGCGGAAUGACGUCUUUGUGACACCGAGUUCCUCGUGGAUCCUCGAAUGCUACAGAUAUAAAAGUAUGGCGGAGUUUGGCAACAAAGAUCGUGCGGAUGGACCAAAACACCUGGAGCCAGACUGGAGUUACAACAUCGGGGAAGCCGUUCUCGAUAUCGACGCCGUUACCUUGAGCAGUUUCGAGGUCGGGAUCCUCGUGCUCGGCGAGAAAAGUCUCUACUGUCUGAAGGACAAUUGUGUUUCCCUGAAAUACGCGAAGAGGCUCGAAUAUAAGGCCCUUUGCUUUCACGCCUUUGUGAUAGAACCGGAUGGCAAACUGAUGGUGCUCGUAAUCGCCGACACGAACACCCUGAUGAUUUACGAGGGUACGACUCUUAAGUGGUCAGCUCAGUUGCCACUUACUCCAGUCGCCGUAACUCGAGCGCAUUUUCAGCACUUAGACGGAGUGAUUGUCGUUUUGUCCGAAGAAGGCCAAUUGGAGGUCUGCUACUUGGGUUCGGAGCCAUCGUUAUUUAUCGCGCCUCCCCUUCAUCGACGCGGUUAUGAUUACGUGGCCGCCGAAGAUGAGCUCAUGGAGCUCCGCAAAUUAGCAAAGAAACACAAAGCUUCCGGUAAUCAACUAAGUAACGUCACCCUGGAUGCUGAAUUGAUAAUAUCCGUGACUGUAUCUCCCGAUCUGGAACCUUAUCCACGUGCAAACCAAAGCGACUCUAAAGACGACUCGGAGAGCCGUAAUUUAAUGUGCAGAAUUACUAUAGAAUUAUCUUCGUAUACAACGCUUCGUGAUGUUCAAGUAUGUGUGAACGUCACGAAACCAUUCGUCGCGGAGAAAGAUUAUCAUAUUAUUUCCAAUCUAUGUGACCGGCAGAUUUUACGCACGAUGAUCUACACGACGAUGGACCUGCCAGCGAUGUCGCCGGACGUGAGAAUCACGGCAAGCUAUGAAGCGACGGAUCGUGGGAGUCUGCGCGUACUUCAGAAGACUGCCCAAUUGCCUCUGAAGAUGAUGCUUAGGGCUUGCCCACCCGAGAACACAUCUACCUUCACGGCGACCAUCAAGUGCAGCGAGUCCCUUGUCGCUUUGAACCAGCUAUUUCCCGAACUUACAGGAGAUGUACAGAGGCAAAACUGGAAUGCUCUCGGCUUACAGCACAUACAAACUGGCAGCGUGGUGACAAUUGUUUCCGGUGCUACCAGUAAUCGGUAUCGAGUGCAAUCGAACGACAGACUCUCGAUGGCCUUGGUAGUCCAGCAACUAGUGAAUAGGCUCAAAGACAAGGCCACUGGAAACUUUACGACAACCAUCGCGCAAAACCAUCUACAGAUGGUUCAAUCUCAGAUGGAGGCGCACUUUCAUAGUCGCCAGAAGGCCGACAAAAUCGCAAGCGAGAUCGGGCUGCUGUCGUCCCAGUUGAGAAAUAUCGAGAGGAGGAUGCUGCGCGCCGCGAGGGAGAGGAACACCCGAUCUUUGGCCGCAACUGGACUACCGUUCCUUUUGGAAUUGAGCUAUCGCGCGAUCUUCGCGCUCCUGGACGAUCUAGCGAACGCACGAGCGGAACGGGAACGCACCGGCCACGGUCUGCGGUGUGGCGUGAGGUUACUGCUCCUGCUGUUGCGGCUCAAUGUAAACGACGAUAAGUACGCGAUGCUCGAAGCCGCAAUCGGAUUCGAGCCGCAACUGCGCGACGAGUUCGAUUGGGAAGAGAUCGCUGAUGUCGGCCUGUGCACUUUCUUGCGAUCCACGUCGAAAAAAUCCAUCGGCCACUUGGACACGAAACCGGUGACACUGAGCAAGAUGACGUCCAAAGAAUUCGCAAAGCUAAAGAAGCGUCUGGUUCAUGCUGUCGAACGCCUUGACAGUUAUCGGGAGACUGAUAUGGCUGAAAACGAACAAUUGGAAGCUGACAGUCGCGCUCCUGCUUAAGGAUUGCAACGUCAGCGAAUGUUCCCAUUUUUUACAAAUCACUGUAUUUUUCCUCAGCUCGCUACAGUGGACGUUCGAUAAGUGGACAAAAGAAAAAAAACAUGAAUUAUUAAAUAUUAUUGUCAUCUUAUAAUUCAGGUUUUUAUUUCGAUAGUAAUAAAUAAAACUUUAUUCAUGAUUA